UCAAAGUGUAUGGUUUUAAUUGCUAUUAACAAGUAAAUUGCACAAGUAAAUAGACACAGACAUUUUUGCCGAUUGACUUAAGUCAAUAUUAUCCAUCUAACAAAAUACUUUUAGGGAAUUGAUAGUCAUGUACAUAUAAGUUAAUUGUUGUUAUAUUUUAUAGGAUGAAACGAUAAACUACAGUGAUGAGCGAACGAACAGGACCAGGAGUGUUAUACGUAUGCCGCAACAUGAGAGUACAAGGAUGUCUCUCUUAGCUGAGGAGCUUUCACUAGCCAGAUGUGAAUAUGAUAUGGAGACAGUCGUUGAUACAGCCCCUUUUGAUGUAACACGGCCAAAUCGUGAGAUGUCCGACGACAAUAAUGGCAUAUUAAUGACCCUGUUUCCAUUUCAGAACAAUUGUCGACGAAACAGUACAAGAUGUUCCAGAAGAUGCGCCUGUUACCAAGUAGUCGUUGGGGUAUCUACACGCGGCAACAUGAAAUUGGUUUCAUCUGAUGGAUACACAUUCGUGAAGGAGCUGACUUGUGAACGGAACAAUUGACAGGCCAUGCAGGGUACGCGGUAGUAAAUGUGGGUGCCCAGCAGUUGUUAAACAGACAGGAUCAGACUAUCGUGUUGCAGGAAGUGCUCAUUCACAUGAAUCAAAACCAGGAAUAUUGACAGCCGUUAAAGUUAAAACAAAACUCUAAUUUUCUGGAAGCUUGCUUUCGAACAUUCAAAAAUGAACCCACAAGGUCAGAGAAAUGUUACUGCAAACGAUGCUAGGGAUUCCAAUCCUGCAAUGCAAAUAAGGGAAAUGAGCCAGAGUGCUGAUGGAAGCUAUGAAGAUAUAGAUGAAGGUGUUACUAACAACGAGGUUCUGAGGGACAAUGAAGGUUUUGAUGAGGACAACGAGGUUCUGAGGGACAAUGAAGAUUUUAGGGACAACGAGGUUCUGAGGGAUAAUGAAGGCAUUGCUGACAACGAGGUUCUGAGAAACAAUGAAGAGUUUGGGGACAACAAGGUUCUGAGGGACAAUGAAGAGUUUGGGGACAACGAGGUUCCGAGGGAUAAUGAAGGUAUUACUGACAACGAGGUUCUAAGGGACAAUGAAGAUUUUGGGGACAACGAGGUUCUGAGGGACAAUGAAGAGUUUGGGGACAACGAGGUUCCGAGGGAUAAUGAAGGUAUUACUGACAACAAGGUUCUGAGGGACAAUGAAGAGUUUGGGGACAACGAGGUUCCGAGGGAUAAUGAAGGUAUUACUGACAACGAGGUUCUAAGGGACAAUGAAGAUUUUGGGGACAACAAGGUUCUGAGGGACAAUGAAGAGUUUGGGGACAACGAGGUUCCGAGGGAUAAUGAAGGUAUUACUGACAACGAGGUUCUAAGGGACAAUGAAGAUUUUGGGGACAACGAGGUUCUGAGGGAUAAUGAAGGCAUUACUGACAAAGAGGUUCUGAGGGACAAUGGAGAUUUUGGGGACAACAAGGUUCUGAGGGACAAUGAAGGUUUUGCGGACAGUAGAGAUUUUAGACAGCAAAUUGAAGAUGAUGAUGCUGUAGGAAAUGAAGGUGUAUCUUAUAGUUCAAUGAUGGAAGGGAAUGAAAACGAAACUGAUCAAGAGGAGAUAGAGCAACCUGAUGUAGAUGCAACUGUUAGUCCUGAAAAUAAAUCAAUUCCUUUAGGUAAAGGCUUGUCUCAAAAUGAAACCCAGAAUGAUCAUGAGACAGAUCCAGAACCUGAAAAUACUACCCAGCGGUCUGAUAGCUCUGGAAUUAGAAAAAGAAGGCACAUGGCCUUAGAAGGUUGUAAUGCUGCUUCUACCACUGCUGCUGGUGAUGGUCCUGCUGAUGACAGAGAUAAUGGCAUUAGAGCUAAAAAAAUUGAAUCUGACACAACAAUGAAAAACCUGAUGGGAGGCACUCUUGAAAGGACAGAGGAAGUAGGACUUGCUGUGAGAUGUAGUAUACAAGAAACAAGUCAGUGCAGAGAAACAGAGGGUAGACAAGAUGGUGGGGAUGAAUCCAAUUGUAUGGAACCAGAUUACAGUCUCUCAACAGGAGUGCAAAAUGAGGAAGAUCAAAAAGCUAAGGUCAAAAAACUAGUAGCUCGGCAGAGCUGUAUAGACAUGGGAUAUCAAGACAGAAGGGUUAGUUGGGCAGAAGGAAAAUUUCAAAGAGAGCAUGGCGGAAGUGAUGACUACUCUGCAGUCGAUCUUGCCAAGUAUAUGGAAGAAAGGCAGGAUGAUGUUCCUGAUGCAUCACAUGACCCUGGAGCAUCACAUGACCCUGGACCAUCACAUGACCCUGGACCAUCACAUGACCCUGAGCCAUCACAUGAUCCAAGCACAUCGCAUGAUCUUGGACCAUCUCAUGUAACCAUGGCAACAGAAAAUGGUCAAUACAAAUUGACUGCUAAGUUGACAGAUUAUGGCUGUCCUAAUGAUGGGAGUCAUCACAUUAUUGAACUUGAAGGACUUUCCAUGGAUAGAAGUCAUUGUGGAUGUUAUCUAAAGGUGAUAGGGAUAGCUUCCAACAGUCCCUAACCAUGGCACCCUCAAACACAUUUUGUCUAUAACAGAUAACUGAUUUAAAAAAUGAAGGCCUGUAAUUAGCAGUUUAAAUGGGAUUAAGGGAAAGGAAUCUGAAGAAAAUGAUUUACACUAAAUGAGAGUGUGAAUUGUUUUCACUUAAAUGUUAUAAAGCCUGAACUUAUAUAGCUAUAUAGCAUUGCUGGGAGGGAUUUUAAGUAAUUUGAUAUGACAUAACAAAGAAUGUUUUCUGAUUUUUUUUAUUCAAUUUAAAGCCAAAAAAAAAUACUGAAAAACAGCAAAAUCAUUGUUAAACAAACCAUUUUUGUACAGUAUAAAAAGUACCCAUAGAUUAUGUUUCAGUAAAAUCAAGCAAUGUGAUGUGAUUGAAGAGGCUUUUACUUUCUGUCAUAUUCAAAUUUCUUUUUCUUAAUCCUAACUAGAGCUUUUCUCGGAAAAGAUUCUGUGUGUGAUAAUACACAUCCACAGACAGUUGUCUGUUGUUUGUUACAGACAAAAGUGUUUGGAGGAGAAACAAUCCAUCAUGGACUUUGUACUUGGAUUGGAAUUUUAUUUAACUAUGAAUUAUUUUGUUACAUAUUUUAAAAAGCGAUAUUGUUUUAAUCAUUUAAAUGAAUUGAUUUGAUAUAAUUUUCAGUCAAACUUAAAUUCAAUACACAGGAGGAUCAUUGCAUACAUGCCAUAUUUCCAGACACCCGAAAAGGGGAAAUUGGCUUUAAAAAGCAGGGCAUUUGGACCAAAAGUAGGGGGAUUUUUAAACAAGAGCAAACCAGUCGUAAUCUUAAAACUAUGCUUACAUAGUUUUAAGGUGUAGAUAUUACUUCAGGCAUGUAUAGUUGUAAAAGUUGUUUAAGUCUAUUUAAUAAUGUUUAUUGGUAAAUAUGAUGCUUUAAUUUUUUGUUGGUUGAAUUUUUGAAAAUCGGUGGAUUUCGAUCCCAUGAUGGGAGAUUGGGAGACAAGGAUGAAAAUCAGGGGUUUUAGUCCCAUGGUGGGGGAUAUGGUAUGUAUGAUCAUUAUGACCCUGGGUAGCUGGAUGAAUUUCCCUGCAGCAUGUCAUGGGCCACUGUUUCUGGCAGGUACUUAUAUAUUUGGAGUGACCCUGAGUUUUUUCAAAGAUAAUGAAAUCCCUGAAUACAAUAUAUUGUAAAUAUAUUAAAUUGAAUUUAAGCUUGGCUCUGAACUAUUAAAACUGUUGUUAUUCUAAUAUGCUAUUUAGUAAGUGCUAAAGUGGUUGAAAUUUUAUUUUGUCAAAUGAUAUAAUUUAUUGUUCCGUUUUUCAAAUUCCGUGGAACAUUUCAUUUAUUUAAUCUGUAACAACUUGUUACUAACCCAUUAAAUCAGUGAAUCAAUAGUCAAAACAUGAUUUCAACCACUUAGUAGGCAAGUGUUUGUCCAGUUUAUUGAAACUGACCAGUGUUGGCCAGAUAGAUCUAAUUUCAUUAAUGCUGACUUACAAACACUAACCUACUUAAAGAGUUAAAAUGUUAUUAUUUUUUGUUAGCUCACCUGUCACAAAAUGACAGGGUGAGCUUUUGUGAUCGCUUUUCGUCUGGCGUCCAUCCGGCGUCCGUCCGUCCAUAAACUUUUACUUUAAAUGACAUCUCCUCAUAAACCACAAAGCCAAUUUCAUCCAAACUUCACAGGAAUGUUCCUUUGGUGGUCACCUUUAAAUAUUGUUCAAAGAAUUUAAUUUCAUGCAGAACUCUGGUUGCCAGGGCAACCGAAAGAAAAAACUUUAAAUAUCUUCUUUUAAAAAACCAAAGAGGUAGAGCUUAGAUAUUUGGCAUGAAACAUCUUCUAGUGAGUGUCUACCAAGUUUGUUCAAAUAAAAGCCCUGGGGUCAAAAUUUGCCCCGCCCCAGGGGGUCAUUGAUUUUACCUAUAUGCAUAUAGUAAAAACUUAAAAAAUCUUCUUUUAAAGAACCCAAAGAGCUAGAGCUAAGAUAUUUAACAUGAAACAUCUUCUAAUGAGUGUCUACCAAGUUUGUUCAAAUAAAAGCCCUGGGGUCAAAAUUGGCCCCGCCCCAGGGGUCAUUGAUUUUCCCUAUAUGCAUAUAGUAAAAACUUAAAAAAUCUUCUUUUAAAGAACUCAAAGAGCUAGAGCUAAGAUAUUUAGCAUGAAACAUGUUCUAAUGGGUGUCUACCAAGUUUGUUCAAAUAAAAGCCCUUGGGUCAAAAUUGGCCCCGCCCCAGGGGAUCAUUGAUUUUCCUUAUAUGUGUAUAGCAAAAACUUAAAAAUCUUCUUUGAAAAAACCCAAAUACCUGGAGUUUAAAUAUUAAGCAUGAAACAUCUUCUAGUAAGUGUCUACAAAGUUUGUUCAAAUUAAAGCCCUGGGGUCAAAAUUGGCCCCGAUAUGUGUACAGUAAAAAGUUAAAAAAUCUUCUUUUAAAAAACCCAAUGAGCUAGAGCUUAGAUGUUUAGCAUGAAACAUCUUGUUAUGGGUGUCUACCAAGUUUGUUCAAAUAAAAGCCCUUGGGGUUAAAUUGGCCCUGCCAGGGGGGGAGAUCAUUGUUUUUCAUUAUAUGUGUGUAGUAAAAACUUAACAUCAUGAAAUAAUUCUUCUAAUGGGUGUCUUCCAAGUUUGUUCAAAUAAAAGCCUUUGGGUUUAAACUGGCCCCACUCCGGAGGGGGCCUAUAUACAGGUGAGCGACCUCAGGGCCAUCAUGGCCCUCUUGUUUCAUGUUAAAGUCUGUUUUUAAAGAUGUUAACUUAAACUUAACAUUCAUUUGGAAAAAUGAUAUGUUUUUAUUGUUUGUUGCAUAUUUCCAUUAUUUUCUUCACUUUUCAGCAAAUCAUAAAGGGAAAUAAUUAUUGAAUCUUUUAAAGUAUAUUAAGUAAUUUCAGGAAAUAAAGAAAAUAACAUGUGAGUAAUUAAAAAAAAAGAAUGAAUGUUAAGAAUAAUUAACAUAACAUAUAUAUUUUUGUUUUUAUGUGGCUGACUAAAGCAAUAAUUAUAUUUCUUUUGUUUUGUUCAUGUCAUUGUAAUUAUUUAAUUUUAGAAUUUUUUUUUUUUUUAAGAAGUUCUUUAUGCCCAUGUAAAACAUCCUUAAUAUAGCACUUUUUUUAUCUGCUAUUACACUUUAUACAAAAUAAUAAAAUAUUUUUAUGCAGUAGAUACAAUAAAGCAGAAAACUAAAAAAUAUUGAAUUUAAUGAGGUAAGGAAGUAAAGGUUGAAAUUCAUUAGACCAUUUUCUGCUAAUAACUUACUUAAAUCACCGCUUUAGUAUGAAAGUAUAUAUGUAUUGAAGAACAAGAUACAAGAAAAUUGAUUUAACUUUGGUUCAUAAUUAUGUAAUAAAGAAAAAUUACAUACAAAAUCCGAUCCAAACCGCAAACAUAUAUCAGAUAUUUUUUCUUGCAUAUUCUGCCAUAUUAUUUCAUAUUUAAAAUGAUUUACAUCAAUAUGAUAUAUGUUCAUGGAAAUUAAAAUAAUUUCAUCCAUAACUAUUUUCCUACAAUAGCGUAUGACCUUACAACUUAAAUAACAACGGCCAAAUGACAUCAUCCUAAGCACAUAUUUCCCUUUUAAAAUGACGUCAUUUUAAUGUGGUUCAUUCAUAAAGUGCGCUAAAAUGAAGUUGUUGUUUGGCACGCGACUCAUCUGGCACCCCCCAUGCCAGAUGAAAUUUCCGGCAUGGAUAAAACUCACGGAAACGCCAGUCUGCUAUGCAAGAAAGUAAAUUCUUGUGACUGUUUUGUUUUGCAGGUUUUUGGUGUUUUUAAAGAUUUAAUUUUUGUUGUGUUAGAUUAAGUGUGAAAUAAUGAAUUGAAAUGUUAUAGGUAGUUUGAGAUUUAAAGAUUUACAACGAAAUAUAACACAACAGAUAUUGGGCUAACACAUUAAUAUAAAUGGAUGCCUACCUUUGCUGUAUUAGAAAUACAGUAUGGACAGAACAAAACAGUUAUUUUAAAAAUGAUUUCAGUCAUGUAUGCUUGUAGAUAAUAACUUAAAGGGAGGUAAAUGUAGCAGCACUUUAAUCAAUGUAUAUAAUGAUAUUAACCCAUGUGAUACUGAAGUUGUAUAAUUACAGUGUAUUUAUCUGAAAAAUUUCUUAUUAUCACAGAAAUUGACUAAAAUGAGUAUUUUUCACUUUAUGUAAAUACAGCAAUUAAAUGUAACCUACACUUAAAUAAUAGAAGAAAAUAAGUAAACUCAAGGUGGAAUUAUUUUCUCCAUAUUAAACUAAAAAUGUCAAAACAAAUUAAUUCAUUGAAUAAGAUAUGCAUUUUUCUUUCUAAAGAAAGAUAAACAACUAAGUCCUGGCUUAUGAGAAUACUUUGUUCUGUGAGUGAUAUCGGUACACCCAUCUUGUGACAGUUAGUGAUAUUAGGUUAAAUUUGUUGGUUACAUGGAAGUAAAAUGAUGUGUUUUAUAUAAGAGAUGUAAUAAAAUUAAAGGGAACUUUUUAGCAAAUUUUGUUCAAAGAUUGUAGCCAUAAUUGCUUUGUUUUUCAAUAUUAAAAUACUGAAUUCAUUGAGAUUUAUCAGAAGACUGAGAUUAAUAUCAUUUAAUAGUAAAUAUAAUUAGUGUACAAGUUACUGAAAUCAGAUAUACUGGAGAACUGAGCCAGAAUGAGAUAAAUAUGAGUUAAGCGGGGUUAUAUUUAUGUCAGCAAGGCUAUAUUGUCCCAUAUAGCUAGUCAGCAACUAGUAUAAUGAGUUCAUUACAACGCAAAUUCUAUUUGGCAUAUUCAUAAAAAGAAAGAAAAGGAACGUUUGACUGUUUUAAUUGAAAUUUAAGGAAAAUGCGCAGCUGGUAAAGAACCUGUGAUGGUAGAUGUUCAACGCUCUUUGCAUCAAAUAUUAUGUCAUAAUUGCGGUGUGACUUACUGGUAUAACUUCCCAAUUAAAGUCAUGAUAUUUUAUUCGAGAAAUAUGCCAUAAAGAACUAACACAACAGUAUUUAUUUUUUUACCCACAUGUAAAUUAACUGACUUGUUUGUAAAUUUCUAAUAAAGUGCCUAUCCGUUCACUAAACUAUAAUAACUAAAGCUGUAAUUAUAUUUAGAAUAUUUUGUUCUAGAACAUUUUAUUCUGUUUUUUAUAUAUUGUAUAAUCAAUGUGUAUUAAGUAAUAGAUAUACAUUUUGUUAAAUUUGUCACAAAAAUUAAUCUAGAAAAUAUGAAAAUAUUCAAUAAUAUGUGAAUUGUAAAAUUUUGCCAGUUACACAUAUUUCUACCUUGGCACACAUAAAUACAUGUACAUGUACAAUGUUUUGAUUAGAACAGGUUUGUGAUUUUUAUUAUUUAGCAAUUGUAAAAGAGUGUGUUUUUUCAUGCCUCCACUCUUGAAGGUGGGGGAUUUAGAUUUGCCCUUGUCUGUCUGUCCUUGCAUGAGUGUGUGGUUUGUGUGUGUCACAUGUAGCUCUAAAGUGCUCCAUCGAGGUAAAUUCAACAAACUUUACAGGAAUGUUCAUCAGCAUAGGAAGUUUUGCAUUUGAAUUAAUUCAGCUUUGAUAGAGAUAAUACCCUUGACUUAGCAAACAUUUUUCAAUUUUUAUCGCAAGUAGCUCAAAAAGUAUUUGACAUGGAGUUAUGAAACUGGUUAGCAUGUGUUGUUGCGCACCUGUACGUUUGCUUGUGGAUUUAUUAAUUAUUUGUAGAGUAAUUGCCCUUCACCCAGUAAAAACUGUUGUGUCUCAGAUUGUACCUCUAAAAGUGCUUGAGCUAAAAUCAACAAACUUUAUAGCAAUAUUGAUUAGCAUGUAAAGUUGUGCACCUAGGGUUUUGUGUGGAUUAAUUAAAUUUUGUUAAGAGUUAUAACCCUUGACUUAAUAAAAAGUUGCAAUUUUCAACUUGUGUUUCAACUUACGUAACUCAAGAAGUAAAUGACCUUAUUCAUAAUGACCUUAGUCAUUAAAUUGUAAAGGACUUUGGUCAGCCUAUGUAGUUGUGCAUCUGGGGUUUUCUUCUUGUAAUUUUCUUUUAAGCAUACUAUAGGAUACAUGAUUGUAGUUUUGAGCUUAAAUACAGCAAAAUAUUUUAUUAAAAAUACUAAUAAUGUUUUAACAGAAUGCAUUUAAUCAUGAACAUUAGUUUUUUCUUAGCUGUCAAAGACACAAGAAUAUGUCCUUUGGUAUAUCUUGAAUAUAUACAAUCUUCAUUCAUGUAAAACUUUCCUUUCUGUGUUAUUGGCAGUUAUAUGAGUAUAAUUAUAAUUUUCUCUCGCUUACAAGAAUUUUAAACCCAUUGGGAAGAGAAUAAUUAAUAUCAUAGUUAAUAAUAUGUACUGAAUUGUAAAAAAAAUCAAAACAUUUUACACCUUAGUAAUUAGAUAUUGAAAUGAAUUUUGUUUUAUAUUCACACAAUUUAUGCAAUUCUUUUUUUUUAAUCUGAUUGCAGUUAAUGAAGAAAAAUAAGUUCUACAGUGAGUAACAGUGAGUGAUAUAUAUAUCAUAUCUCAUUGGUAAAAUGAAACAUUUAAUUGUUUUUUUUUUAUAUUACACUCUGGUAAUCAGACUUGCUCAUGCUUUGAAAGUCAACCAAAUUCCCUGCUUAUUUCUUGUAAUGGACUUCACUUAGCUUUGAUUUGUAGCUGUCAGUUGCACAUAUGAUAAAUUUAAAACUAUUUUAGUUAUCAACUACUAGACUAAGUAUUAAACUGAUAAAAGUAUAUAUUCUAAAUGUUCUGCAUAGCUGGUCAGGCAUUUAUGCUGGUGGCAGUCAGGCAAGUUAUUGUUUUAUAGAAUGUUGUUACAACUGUCCUCACUUGCAGUUUGAGGUUGAUUUCGUUCUGGUAAAUAUCACUGAGGCAAAGAUUAGAUUUUCUUUUUUCAUACAGCCUUCAUUUAUUUAUUAUCAUCUUAUUUGGUAUGUUGGAAUCUUGCAAAAAUUUCUAUAUAUAUGUUGGUUUUGUCAUGACGCGGCUCAUUUGUUAAGUAGCUCUCUUGCAAGACCAAUACUUUUAUGUUUAAUUUCAGGUCAUUGGGAGUCAGGUCACCAGACUAAUUUCAGAUAUUCUUCAUUAAGCUAUAUUCACAUCUUGGGUAUGUUUUCUAAAGGUAUCUUGGAUGCACUCUUACUCUCUGGUUGAUUUGAAAUAAUUAUUAUAAACUGUAAUUACAAAUUAGAUAUAUUGAUGUAGGAUUUUAAUAUAAAGCUCUUCACUUACAUGUAUAGUUCUCAAGGACAGGUCUACUUGCAGCAAGUAAGUACCUCAUUUGCUUUGUAAUAAAUAGAGUUUGUGUGUUAAAUAUGAAUUUCGGGUCAGACUGUUACUGUUAGAAUAUAUAUUUGAAAGUUUGCUGUGAAUGCUUUUUUUCUUCAAUAAAGUGUAAAGACAAAAA